UAUAUUUGGGUGGUCUAUGUUUGGCCCAUGUAAUCUAUGGGUUGGCCCUGUCAAGUUAAUAAUUCCAGUUCAUUCCAUUUAUAGUGAUUUUAUAAGAAUGGCGAAUAAAGGAAAAUUUAUCGACAGAUCACCUAUAAUACAAGCUGCGGGGAAGUCUUCAGGAGUAGACGAGGACACUGUAUCAUCCAGUUUUGACGAUUUACAAGUUACUGCACAUGAAAGUUUCUGGGAAAAGGAAGUCGAGCCGACAACUCAAGAAUUGGUGUCUACCAAUUCAAAACCUCCAUAUAAAGUGAUUUGGGACAAGCGUGCUACACAUGAAAGGUAUAAGAAGACUCACGAUGACUUUAACCCAUCUGAGAGGAUGACCAGAGGGUACGAUGAUCACUUUGAUCCUGCUCAGAAAUUUGAAGGUAAAACACAAUACGAUGCAAGAGGCAUAUGGGUGAGGUGUGCCUGCGAGUGGCACAGCCACGAACCCAUAAUUUCCUCCGAUCAGAUCCAAGCGAAUUUCAACAAACGAACAAAAUCACAACUGGGAGAGGUCUUAGCUCCUAAUUGCAACUUAGACUGUGUCCCAAGGGGUCACAGUUUCGGAAGAGUAAAGCCUAAGUCAUCCAACGGCACUUCCGAUUUGAUAACUGACUCGAAUCAGUCUUCAUGUUUGUUUAAACGAGACUUCUACAAGUGGCUAGGGUCCUUGAACGAUUUAAAAUUGUCGUUGAAGCACAGAAGCGAUGAGGAUUUUCAAUUCAACGAUUUCUGUGACAAAGCCCAGCAUUUUGACAAAGAGGAAACCGGAUGGUUGCCAGUAGACACGUUUUUCGAACUGUGUAUGUGUCACAAACUCACUUUCCCUAAGGAAGACAUCGAAUCCCUUAUGAGGAUCCUGGGUGUUAUUGUAGACGACAAAGUCGAUUAUAAAAGAUUCAUUGAAAUAAUUGAUGUUGAUUCGCCAUCGUUCCAAAUAAUGGAGUUUCAUGAUAUACCCAAGACAAGCAGGUACUACGUGGGACCAGAUCAGGCUGCAACUUACGACUACAUGAUAAUGGACAGUUCAGGCAUGCACGCAGCUGGAUUACCGUCUGUCCAUUCUGAUCAUUUUCACAUUUCUACAAAACUGGCAGUGGACGAGCAAAAAUUUGAGAAAAAGUAAUACAUUUAUAUGUGGUGAAAAUAUUCGCUAAACUAACACAAGCUUUCCUUGUAUUCCUCUAACUUAAAAGAAAAAAAAAAUACUUAAUUUAGAUUUAAAUGCAUUUAAAUUCAUCGCAUUUGGUAGCUAUAUUGUCACUGAAAAGUGAUUACUUGGCUAGUAUUUAUAUUUAAAAUGAAAUAAUAUAGUUGUAUACUCAAAAAUGUAAACAAGCAUUUCAUGUAUUAAUAAAUUUGCAACAAUUAAAAUGGUGUUUUUUGAACUUUCUACAAGAAAAUUUGCAUUUAGGUAAGUAUACCUCCUCAAAAUAUAAUAUAUGAUUUUAAUAAAGUAGUAAAAGUUUAUAUGUAACAAUGUUCGGGAUCCAGGAGUGGUUGUCUGAUGUGGCCCCACGUUGGGCGCCAUGUUCAGAAUCCGGGAGUGGUCUUGUUUGGAUGUGAAGUUCGACUUGUUUCUCUCCAUGGAACGAGACAUUUAUUUUUAUUUCACGUUUGUCCCUUUCUAUCCAGAAAGGUCGAGAGGUAGGUAACCAUAGGAAAAUCAAAAUGUAUUACUUAUUUGACUCGAAGGCACUAAACUCAAAACUAACUGGAUUCAAAACUGAAUUAAAUUGCAACUGCUAGGGAAUGUACGGAACUGAACUGACCAAAUUCAAGAACUGAAGUGAACUGAAUUC